UCCCGGCAAUGGCCUUUGCAUCGCCCGGUGCACUUGUGACUGACUUGGACCCGGAAUAUUAAGACCCACUAGCUUCGUCCCCAUCCCGGCCGCACCGGCUCCUUCGGGCUCUUACCUGCUGCCCCUCUGCACUCCGCCGCCUGGGGGGCACCAUGGACCAGAGCGGGAUGGAGAUUCCUGUGACCCUCGUCAUUAAAGCACCGAAUCAGAAAUACAGUGACCAGACCAUUAGCUGCUUCUUGAACUGGACCGUGGGGAAACUAAAAAUGCAUCUCUCUAACGUGUACCCUAGCAAACCAUUGACGAAGGAUCAGAGAUUGGUGUAUUCGGGCAGACUGCUUCCCGAUCAUCUGCAGCUGAAAGACAUUCUCAGAAAACAAGAUGAGUAUCAUAUGGUCCAUCUAGUGUGUACUUCACGGACUCCUCCCAGUUCUCCCAAGUCCAGCAGCAGUAGAGAAGGUCGCGAAGCGUUGGCAUCCAGCAACAGUUCUGGCCUGGAUCUGUUUCCCACCUUGGACCAGAAGGGACAGUCAUUGGCAGUGGCACGAAGUUCUAGUUCAGAUCAGUCAGGAUCAAGAACUCCAUCAUCCAGUCAAGAAACCUUGCCGUUAGCUGUCAGUUCUUCCUCAGAAGGACUGAGGCAGCGUUCCCUUCCCCAAGCACAGACCGACCCCGCACAGAGUCAUCAGUUCCCAUACGUAAUGCAAGGAAAUGUAGACAACCAGCUUCCCGGACAAGCCGUUCCAGCCGAAUUCCCAGUGUACCCCGCGUUCAGCCCAUUGCAGGUGCUGUGGUGGCAGCAGAUGUAUGCUCAUCAGUAUUAUAUGCAAUAUCAAGCUGCAGUUUCAGCUCAGGCCACAUCAGAUGCCACCCCUGCCCAGCCUGCGCCUUCACAGCCUCUAAAUUUGGCACGUCUUCCUGGAGAAGAACCUCCACCAGCUCCCAACUUAGUGGCCCGAGAAAAUCGACCCAUGAAUGAGAAUGUUCAGAUGAAUGCCCAGGGCGGCCCGGUGCUAAACGAAGAAGACUUCAAUCGAGACUGGCUAGACUGGAUGUAUACGUUCUCACGAGCCGCCAUCCUCCUCAGCAUUGUGUACUUCUAUUCCUCUUUCAGUCGCUUUGUCAUGGUCAUGGGAGCCAUGCUACUGGUUUAUUUACACCAAGCUGGAUGGUUUCCUUUUCGGCAAGAAGGAGGUGAGCAGCAGGCUCCCAACAAUAAUGCUGAGGCCAAUCAUGGGCAGAAUGCAGACAACCUAGAACUUGAAGAAAUGGAGCGUCUCAUGGAUGAUGGGCUUGAAGAUGAGCAUGGAGAAGAGGCGGGUGAAGACGGCAGUGCACUCCACAGGCCUGGACUCAUGGCGUCCGCUUGGGCUUUCAUCACCAGCUUCUUCACUUCACUCAUACCAGAGGGGCCUCCCCAGGUCGCCAAUUAGAUCUGAAAACUCUGCCAGCUGCAAAGGAAGGUCUGGCUUUAGGAACAUGACUUAAAUAACAGUGCAAUUUCAAAAAAAUUUAUUACUUCCUUUUCAUCAUCAUGUACAGAGGUGUUUUUUUCUUUAAGCUUCUCAUGCAUAUGAAUAGUUUAAGCACAAAUGAACUACUAAAUGUGUGAUUAAAAAAAGAAAUCCUAACAAAACAUAGCGCAACAACAUUGAUCUUCCAGGUUUUAUUAAUUUCAAUUAUGUGUAUUAAAUCAGGCCUAUAUGUGCAUCUUAUUUCUUUAAAGAGCUGCUUCACAUACAAGUGUUAAAAUAGCCCAGCCCCAGUGUAAUUUGAAUAUCUAUUUUCUGUGAGUUACCCUAAAAGUUUUAAACAGAAUGACCUCAUAGUUUCUAAAAAGAUUAUUAUUUACCUAAAAUGUGCUAGUAGCAUCUUGCCCAGCCAUAAAGCAAUAAACUUCUCAAUGAUCUUAAUUUUGACAUUUGAAUAAAUAAUGGAAACUUUUCUAUUUUAAGGGUAAGUGUCCCAUCAAUUGGAAUUAGUACCUUAGAAAAAAAAAAAGGCAGCUCUUCAAUGGAGUUAAUAGUGAUUAAAAAAUGUUUGAUAUAAGCAGUACUUUUAUAAUAUAAGAUAUGCUGGAAAUCAUUCCCUGUAAUUUUUUAAAAUAAAAGGUCAACUAUGUUAAA